AGUCCGCGGCUUCUCUGAACCCCGAGUCCCAGCGGAGAGUCGGGGUGCCCAUGGCCCAGGUCCCACGCCCCGGGGGCCCCUUCGCGCUGCCCGCGGCGGGGGCCGGGCACAGGCUGCGGCGGGCGGCCGCCGUCCUGGCGCACCUGUGCGGCCUGGCCCUGCACAUGAAAAGGUAUAUUGAAAAGAGUCAAGCAAAAGAAUGGGCACUAUUUUACUUGAGCAUAAAGAAUCAUUCAGCUAAUGAACUAUUAUUUGGCAUAAGCAAUUAUUCUAAAUAUAGCUUGAGCAAAGAUUUUGAAAAGCUGAGAACAUUGUUGCUCAUUCAACCUAAUCAAAGAAGCCAAGAAAAUCUCAGAGAGAUUCAACUAUAUUUAAAGAAGAAUAGGGCAUUUCACAGUUUGCCAAAAGAAGUACAGCUCCAACUUUGCCAGACUUCAAUCUAUCAAGAAUUUGAAGCUGGAAGUAUGCUUCUAAGACAAGGACAUGUACCACUUGAAUGCUACCUGAUUCUUGCUGGACAGUUAAAGGUCAUGUCAAGUAAUACAAGCAUGAACAGAAAUACCAACUCUGACAUUUUAAGUGAGUUUGAAGAAGGUGACUUCAUAGGGGAAACCUGCCUUUUAACUAAUGCAAAUCGGCCUGCUUCAUUUUUUUGUAAAACAGAUGUAAAGGUUCUUGUAAUAAGUAAAGAAGAUUUCUACUGUAUUCUUGCACAGAGAGUACAAGAACGAUAUCAAGAAACAUGCAGCUUCCUCGGGAGCCUCCCAUUAUUCUUCUCAUGGCCAAAAGAAAAGAUAGACUUUCUGGUUCACUGUUCUCUACGACGUUACUACAGGGCUGGAACAACCAUUAUCUCUGACAACUUAAACUCCCACUUUCUUGUAUUCAUCAUAUCUGGUCGUCGGAUAAUAGCUCAGAUGAACUAUGAGGAAAUAUCUGUACGUUCCUGUGUAAUGAAGACUCGUUCUUCCACCCGGAAAAAUGUCCACACUCUUCUUCCACCAAAAGGAACACCUGCUGUAACUGGAAGAAGUUUAGAAACAUCCACAGUUUCUCCCAAGACUUCAUUCUCAGCUGCUAGGAAAAAAACACUAGACACCAAGAAACCUCCACUUCAGGGAUCUUCACCAGCAACAUGUUUUGUUGAGAUAAGAGUGCUGGAACAAGGUGACGUUUUUGGGUUGGCAGAAGUAUUGGACAAUUCAUGUGACCUUCCUGUGUACCUGAUUAGUGAAGGAGUGGAGUGCAUUUUUGUCCCCAGAAGCUUGUUUCUAGCAGAAGCUGGCCCCGGAUGCAGGAGAACUGCUGCAGAGCUGGUGUGUGCAUACCCCACAGAGGAGGACAUCAGGGAGUACCUGGUAGAGCAACAAGCGUGGAAUGCGUACAAGGCCAGGCUCCUGGCUCAGCAGCUGAAGACGGGAAGCUGACCCCCUGGCUCAGCUCAUUUUUGUUUUUAUAAUGAAAAAUCUUAAAAGAG